AGAAAGAAAUAGAAAGAAAGAAGCAUUAGUAUUGGCUAGGACUUAACCUUCCCAUCUUGAUGUCUCUACAACAUACAUAGACAGAGGAAGAUAAAGAGACGAGCUCUGGGCGGUCAUUUCUCUCAAACAAGAAAACUGAACUUAAGCUGAGACAACUUUCUUUACACUCUCUGCUUACAUCCUCAAUUAGAUUUUAUCAGAAAACUAGUCAGCAGUCAACUCUGAGGAAGCUUGCUUUGAGACAACUUCUGAGCGGUAGUUUUGCUCAGACCAGACCUCGUUUCACACUCUCUGCUUACAUCUUAAGAAAGAAUUAUCAAUAUAGUCAGUUGCCAACUCUGAGCUGUGUUAAUGCAAAACUCUGAACUCCAUUUUCAGAAACGACGCAGCAGCUCUGACUGUUGAACUACUAUGACACCCAAUGACACUUCACAUCACUGCGGUUCGUCAACUCAGAACCUGGUGGCAUCCGUCCUUCCUCCUAUACUCAUCAUUGAGCUGUUACUCGGCGUGCCUGGCAAUGUCAUGGCACUUUUAGUCUUCAGCAAAACCCUUAGGACUUGGAGGGCCAACGUCAUGUUCCUCUUCAACCUGGUUUUGUCUGACUUUCUGCUUCUUGUGAGCCUACCUUUCCGCAUCGACAACUUCAUGCGUGGCGAGAGUUGGAUAUUUGGAGACGCCUGGUGUCGGAUCAACCUAUUCAUGCUGUCAGUCAACCGUUCGGCUAGCAUUGCCUUCAUGACUGCCGUGGCUGUAGACCGCUACUUUAAAGUGGCCCAUCCGCAUCACAAAAUUAAUUACAUAAGCACAAAACAAGCAGCCGGGGUUGCCUGCUUCAUUUGGGCUGUUGUGAUAUCUCUGAGGAUCCCUUUGCUGGCCAACAAACUUCUGAACAUGGAAAACAACAUCUCUCUUUGUAGGAGCUUCAGUAACUAUGAGGAACCAUCGCUAGCUAUCCGCCUGCAUUAUGCUGUGUUUGUGUUAGAGUUCUUUCUGCCUCUAUUACUCCUGAUCUUCUGCUCUGUGAGUAUUGCAUGUAUCCUACGUAUACGCCAGAUGGACAAGGACAUGAAAGGGAAAAGGGCCAUUCGGACUGUCCUGGUGAUCGUUGGGGUUUUUGUCCUCUGCUUCUUUCCCAGUAUCGGCGCAGGAUUGACAGCACUCUAUUUGAAAAAACUUGGAGAUGAGUACUGUAAGGCUUACACGUUCACCAGUCAGUUGUUUUCUAUGUCCAUAGCCUUCACCUACCUAAACAGUGCUCUGGACCCAGUCAUCUACUGCUUCUCCAGCUCAGUCUUCCGCAAUUAUCUGAAAAGCGCUGUAAACCGAACUGGAAUCAUGGAGCUACAGAUGAGCCGACGAGGCAGUAUGCCCAGUGGAAGUGACUGAGGGUGGAUUGGGGAUUGAUGAGCAUUGGACAGUG